CCGUGCCUGCGGGGAGCCAAUAGGAAGACAGUGGGUGGGGCUAUUUGUCAGUUUUGUGUCUCACCUGCCCAGCUCCGGAGAGAGACGGGGAUCAUGCUGCGACUCGGGUGUCUCCUGCGGGUCACCGCCUCUCAGGGUCUGACUCCGAUCAGAACUUCUAAUUAUUCCUCUGCGGCUGUGCCUCGCACCAAGCUCUUUAUAAAUGGACAGUUUGUGGACUCUGAGACGUCAGACUGGAUUGACAUCCACAACCCGGCCACGAACGAGGUGAUCGGGCGGGUGCCUCAAGCCACGCAGAAGGAGAUGGAAGCGGCCGUGAGUGCGUGCGAGCGCACCUUCCCUUCCUGGUCUGAGACGUCCAUCCUGAACAGACAGCAGAUCUUCCUGCGCUACCAGCAGCUCAUCAAGGAUAACCUGAAAGAGGUGGCUCGCCUGAUCACCCUGGAGCAGGGAAAGACUUUGGCCGAUGCGGAGGGAGACGUCUUUCGCGGACUACAGGUGGUGGAGCACGCGUGUAGCGUGACCUCGCUUAUGCUGGGGGAAACCCUGCCCUCCCUCACCAAGGACAUGGACACUUACACCUACCGGCUCCCCCUGGGGGUGUGUGCUGGCAUAGCACCCUUCAAUUUCCCCGCCAUGAUACCUCUUUGGAUGUUCCCGAUGGCCAUGGUUUGCGGGAACACUUACCUGAUGAAACCGUCGGAGCGGGUGCCUGGGGCCACCAUGUUGCUCGCCCGGCUAAUGCAGGAUGCCGGGGCUCCGGAUGGCACUUUGAACAUUAUACAUGGGCAGCAUGCAGCUGUGGAUUUUAUCUGUGACCACCCGGCGAUCCGAGCCAUCAGCUUUGUGGGCUCCAAUCAGGCUGGACAAUACAUCUACGAGAGGGGGUCCCGAAACGGCAAGAGAGUGCAGUCCAACAUGGGCGCCAAGAAUCAUGGUGUCGUGAUGCCAGACGCAAAUAAAGAGAACACCUUGAACCAGCUGGUUGGAGCGGCAUUUGGUGCAGCAGGACAGCGGUGCAUGGCAUUAUCCACAGCUGUUCUGGUUGGGGAGGCAAAGGGUUGGCUCCCUGAGUUGGUGGAAAAAGCAAAGAAGCUAAAAGUGAAUGCUGGGGAUCAGGCCGGGGCAGACCUGGGGCCGCUGAUCAGUAAAGCGGCAAAGCAGCGGGUAUGCAGCCUGAUAGACAGUGGCGUGAAGGAGGGCGCAGAACUCCUCCUUGAUGGCCGAGAUGUCAAAGUGAAGGGAUAUGAAAAUGGAAACUUUGUAGGUCCAACAAUUUUGUCAAACGUGAAGACAGACAUGACCUGCUAUACGGAAGAGAUUUUUGGACCCGUGUUGGUGGUUUUAGAAGCAGACACACUGGAGGAUGCUAUUCAUAUAGUAAACAGUAACCCGUACGGAAAUGGAACCGCCAUAUUCACCACAAAUGGAGCAACUGCUCGGAAAUACACUCACCUUGCAGACGUCGGGCAGGUGGGCGUGAAUGUACCUAUCCCGGUGCCAUUACCUAUGUUCUCCUUCACCGGAUCUCGAGCCUCAUUCCGAGGGGACACCAACUUCUACGGCAAACAGGGGAUCUAUUUCUACACCCAGCUAAAGACCGUCACCUCCCAGUGGAAGGAAGAAGAUGCCACGCUGACCAGCCCAGCCGUGGUAAUGCCAACCAUGGGACGCUAAUCUCUUCUUUGGAACUGAUCAGUCUCCUACUUCCCUCUGUACCGGAGGGAUCUGUGGCCCCCGGCCCCUGUCUCACGGGGCCCUCUGCUACUGCAGGCCUGUGACAUUGAAUGUGUAGCGUUGAACGCACAAGGCUUGUGCUGAAAUCUGGUUAUUAACCACCUCUCCAGAUAUUUUCUGUAUUUUUGCAUUUUUUAUCCAUUUCACCGGAAGAAUAAACAUCUACAAUUGUCAAACACUA